AUGGGCAUCGUCGGGCUCCUCCCGCUACUCAAGUCAAUUCAGAGACCCACCGAGCUCAAGAAAUUUGCCGGCGAAACGCUUGCCGUUGAUGCCUACGGAUGGCUUCAUCGUGGUGCCGUGUCGUGCGCCCUAGAGCUGGCACAGGGGAAGCCUACACGCAAAUAUGUUGACUUUGCCAUGCAUCGAGUCAAGAUGGUCAAGUACUUUGGUGCAACUCCAUACAUAGUCUUUGAUGGAGAUUUUCUACCAAGCAAAGCUCUUACGGAAGCGUCCCGAGCCAAGCGCCGUGAGGAGAGCAAAAAGGCUGGCAUGGAGCUGCUCAAGGCUGGCAAGCCUGCGCAAGCCUAUCAGGAGUUCCAGAAGGCGAUUGACGUCACGCCCGAAAUGGCACGUCAACUGAUCGAAGAGCUAAAGAAAAUCGACGUUCCUUACGUCGUGGCUCCCUAUGAGGCCGACGCCCAGAUGGUCUAUCUGGAACGCAACGGCUAUGUCAGCGGCAUCAUAUCGGAGGAUUCAGAUCUUCUCGUCUUCGGAGCCAAGCGCCUCUUGACUAAACUUGAUCAGCACGGACAAUGUAUCGAGGUCAACAGGCGGGAAUUCUGCGCCGUUCGGGAGAUCUCACUGACAGGAUGGACUGAUGCCGAAUUCCGACAGAUGGCUAUAUUUAGCGGAUGUGAUUAUCUGGACGGUAUCAGCAAGAUGGGUUUGAAGACAGCAUACCGCAUGAUCAGGAAGCACAAGACACCAGAGAAGGUCAUCCGUCAACUGCAGUUCGAGGGCAAACACAAAAUCUCGGAGAACUACAUGGCAGCGUUCAAGCAGGCAGAGCUUACCUUCAUGCACCAACGUGUCUUUUGCCCAGAGAAGCAGGAGCUCGUUCUAUUGACCGAGCCAACAUCGGGUCUGGAUGUGGAGGAGAUGCCAUUCAUCGGUGCCAAAGUGGACCCCGAACUCGCCAGGGCUAUAGCCUGCGGCGACGUCAAUCCCAUUACAAAGGAGCGCAUUAUACUUCCAACUCCACCAUCCACAAAAGGACGCUCAUUCCCGACGAAGAACACUGCGCCGGCACCGAGCAAACCGCUGGGCAAACCGAUAGAGGAGUUUUUCAAGGGCCACCGUCGUAUACCAAUGGGAGAAAUGGAUGCCAAUUGUUUUUCGGUCGACCCUCAGCAGGUUGGAGUACUUACAGCCAACGGACUGGCACCUCGUGUGUUCCCACUUCCUCGACCAUACCUGGAGGAAACAGUUAGCCCGGUCUCCCGUCCAUACACAUCCUCGACUGCUCCUCGGAUCAACCGUCGGCGUACAGAACCGAUCGGGAACUUGCUCGCCAUGAGUUCUUCAGACCAAACCAACCGCCGGAGGACAUCGGGUCCGAUUAACUCGUCGAAGGAUGAGAGCCGAACAGCCGGAUUUUCUACAUCUCCAAGGCCGCAGAAGAGGGCCAGGCUCUGUUCUGAGCAACACCAUUCAAGAAAGCAGGAUAAUGAGCUAUUCGUCGAAAGGAGCAGAUUCUUUUCUCAAACGAUCACCAAAACGCCAAAGUCAAAGCGAAGAAGCGAGGGACACAUAAUGUCGGAUGACUCCAUUGACGAUGCACUGCUCAGUCUCCCCGACUACGGUUCACUAAGCUCGGCACAUUCCAGCCAACCAAGGAAAUCAAUGGACGUUUAUACGGACGCGCGAAGCGACGAUGUGACGCAAGAAACUCCUGAUGUUAUUCUGGCUACACCGAUUAAGGAGGGCGACCAAAACAAGGACUUGACCGAGAUCGAAGUUCCAGCCAGCUCUCCGAUUAGGCAGUCUGUUUCAAUCAUAGCAGACUCAGAGCUCGACCUCGCACAUGAAGCUCGACAAUCUAGUGCUAAGCUAGGUGCCGCGCUAGGUCGGUUUGCCUACACACCUGGGGCGACCAACUCCGGGAACGGCACGAAGAUGGCAUAUGGGCUACCCACCCCCGACUCUAGCGGAGUGCCUGCCGGAGUUGCCCCCCGCUCGACGGCCGAGAAGAAGCGCGCCCUAUCUGGCUCUAUGGAAACCCCACAACUGACGCCUCUGCAGCGCAUUCAUGCAAGCGCAAUGCAGAGACAAAGCCCCUCGGCUAGCCAGGGGAGCACUGGAAUACAGACGAAGAAAAGACGAGGCCCGAGACGUAGCCUUCCGCCAACCGCACCGGUCAACCCAUCCUUUGUCCCUCUGCCCAAGGUGGACCUUGCAGAAGUGGCAGCGUUGAGCCGAGGCGGCGGGGGGAGUGAAGACCUCCUUGUCCCCAAUAGCGAUGAGGAGAAUGAGCCUGAAUCUCCAAAGGUGGCCACAAGCCGGACUAUGGACCUGGCCAGGUUUUUGUGCCGAUAA